UUUUAUGAAGGAAAUUAUUAUAAUCAUCUAAAAAUCUCAAUGCUCGAUAGUCAUUUAUUUUUACAAUGAAACGAUAUCGCAGACAAACAUAUUUUGUGUGUUAAUAAUCAUUUAUGAUUCAAAUGAGCAGAUAUGAUCCCUAUAAUAGCUAUAAGUGAUGAGCAAACCUCACCAGAGAACCUCUUGUCAAUAUAACAGUGUAUUAUAUAAUACUCGACUCGUCUAAUUAUUAAAUGUAUUUAUGACUACGAAUCCACGAAUAAAUAACUAUGAUGUUAAUUAGUCGAUAUAAUACGCUCCCAUACACCUAAGAUUAAACGGAAAUAUCCCUACAAGCAUACGACAUAAAUAUAUAAAUUUUGUAGACUAUAAAAUCUUAAUUACAUACAGGUAGUAGGUACACAGUUGUAUACGUACAUACGUACACGAUUUGUGUUGCUAUGCAAACGCUAUAUAUAUAUAAGACACCUACCUACAACACUGUAAUAAGGCGUUUUGCGCGCGGGCGAACCGACGAAGACGGGCGGUCAUAGAUGGUGUGCGAUGCCUGCACUCGUGUUGUUGCACCGUAAAAAUAUACUUCACGAUAAUAAUUAUUAUUAACAAUGCAAUUUUUACAAAUUUCUAUAUUUAAUGCAUAUAGAUCCUAACCAAAAUUGUUGUUGUCGGUGCGUACCUUCUCGCGCGGCCAACGCUGUACCGCUACAGAUACGCCGCAGCGGCACAUCGUAACAAUCAUGCAAACCGCCACACUGCGUCCGGAUGUCCGACUAGCCGCCGACCCUGUGUCCACGCCGGAAAAAUUUCGCUCCGGCCACUGUCACUUGGAGCUGACGCCCGUUUGGCAAUACGUGAUCAAAAAGAACCGGUUCCCGGCCAACGUCGACCGACAGGAAGUAUUCGCCGAGCUGGCCGUCCGACUGCAUCAUCCCGAAUGGCAGGUGAGACUUCAUGGUUCACGAGUGUUAGCUUACGUUAUACCUGCAGUUGGCCCACAACUGGACGCGUUGAUGUCCCCGACAAUACUCCCGGCUGUCAUAACAAAUCUUGCACACUUUUCACCGGCCCUCAGAAGCAGCUCUAUGGAUGCAAUAUUGGUUUACGUUCAACACUCAGCUGACCCCGAAUUCGUUCUCAAGUCCAUGAUCGUACAGGGACUAGAUGUAUUUGGUGCCAAAUCAAGUCUCACCGUGAAUGUUAUGGAAUGCGUUCCUGUAGUACUUCAGCAAAUCGUUAAGAGAAAUGGAGAACGACCUAUUGCCAUACCCACAUUUGUACACCUUGUAACUGCCCUAUCUAACAAGAUGGUACAAGCAACAUUUCAACAAGCUGCUGUUUACUGUUUAGACAGAGUUAAAGAAAUUGUUGGAAGAAAUAAAUUUGACCACUACCUUGAAACAUUUCAUCCAAUCAUUAAAAAGGAUUUUGAAGUGUUAUGUGAAGUGUAUAGAAUAUCUUCAUCAUCUGGUCAAGAUUCUUCAGUAUCAUCAUAUGAUGACGAAGAUGAUGUAGAAACUCCAAAAACGCCAAGAAGAGUAACGUUUGGUGGAGAGCUUAUUAAGAUUCGAAGUCCUGAUGUUUCUGAUGACCAUAAUGAGGUUCACAAGUCUACUGGUAUUCCAAUUCCAAUCAAGCCUGCAUUAAGCAUACCGAAACAUCCCAAAAAUGAAGUGGAAAACACGUCAAUAAAAUUACCACUUUCACGACAAAGAAGUUAUAAGAAUAUGAAAACGGAUAAAACAUUUAAAAAUUUUGAGUCUUCCGUGAAAACAAAGUUUUCCAUGACCGUGGUGCCGGAGAUCAGCAGACAGGAACAUGACAACAAAAGAAUGUCUGACGCCGACGAUGAUUCCCAUCGUACUUUUAUUUGUCCCGUGGACAAUAGCAGUGAAAAUGACAACGGAACUAAAUCGUGGGACACCGAAUUUGACGUUCGACGACAGACUCUGGCCAAUCGAACGUCGUCAAAUAUUCCGGCCGAAAAAGCUGAUAGUGGCGCAAUAAUGGGAACUCGGACAGUCAAUUACGAUGAUCGGCUACUGCCUCAGCAGCAGCAAGUGAUUGAAGAUCAUAAACAAUUGCCAACGCAGUCUGAAAAUUAUGGCGAUUCAAGUCUCAUCAAACCGGCCAACUACGUUAAGCCUCAGUGUUCUACCACGAGCAUAACAUCAGGCACAGACGUUCAGUCGCAAAACGAUAAAAAACCUGUAGCUGAAGUAAAACCUACGAAAUCUAUUGUGCAACCAUCGGCGCCACCUACUGCAUCUAUAGCCGAAAGGAGGAGAUCUAUUGGAACGAAACUUAAAAAUAAACGAUCUACUGAAAUAGGACCAAAUUUCACUCCGUUCAACGAACCUCAAAGAGCUCUACAUUUGGUUUCUACUCAAAUCAAUAGCCCGGAAUGGGAAGCGGUUGUUACGGGUCUACAAAAUAUUUCACGGCUGUCUAUGUUCCAUGGUAAAGAACUGCGUCCGGGUUCUUUACAACCUUUCGCUCGCAAUGUGGCUAAGCAUAUCAAAUGUCUUCGAUCUCAAGUAGCGCGAGCUGCAUGUACGGCUGCACAGAAAAUGUUUUCCUACGUACCGAAAUCAGUCGAACCGGAUGUUGAAGAAAUCGCAUCGGCACUGUUUCCGCGUACAGCGGAUACUAAUAAAUUUCUUCGAGUGCAAAGUGCAGAAGCUUUGAAUGCAAUGGUCGACAACGUAAAUCCCGUAAAAUGUGUGCAUGUGAUCACAGUUAAAGGGAUAAAACAUGGAAAUCGAAUCGUUCGUGCUGAAGCGUGCCGUCUCUUAGCCAGAGUGGUUGAUAAGCUCGGGGUCAGCGGAACUCUUCAUUUACCAACGGAUGCCAGAGAUGCAGUGAUAACUGCUGCUACUAAUAUGGUAUUUGACAAUACGCCUACUUCUCGUCAAGCCGCUCAACAUAUAUUAACCAGAUUGAGCGAAGAUCCGAGAGGUGCAGCAUUGAUAUCAUCAGCAGCUUCACCAAAUGUAAAAGCUACAUUAAAUAAAUCGUUGUCAAGAAUAUUUCUUAAAUGAAAUAUUUUUUUG